CCCCUCGUUUCCUGCUGCUGGCGGAGGCCGAGGGAGAAGGUGGCGGUGGAGGCGGUGGACGGAGGACAAGAAGCGCCCCGCAGCCGGAGCGAGCCUCGUCCGCGGAGGAAGCGCAGCAGCGCCGCCGCCCCCACCACCUCCUCCUCCUCCUCCCGCUUUCCUUCCGUGUGUGUGUGUGUUUGUGUGCAUUUGCUCCACCGCCGCCCCCUUCCUCCUCCUCCGCUUCCCUUUGCAGCCCCUUCGCGUCUCUUCCUCCCCGCAGCCCGGGACAAUAGAAGCAAGGGAGAUGUCCUCCUCCGGCGGCGGCGGCGGCCACCAGCACAGCCAGAGCCGCGCCAUUCCCACCCGGACGGUGCUCAUCAACGACUCCUCGCAGCUACCUCAUGACUAUUGCACCACGCCCGGGGGGACGCUGUUCUCCACCACGCCCGGAGGUACCCGAAUCAUCUAUGACCGCAAGUUUCUGUUAGAUCGCCGGAAUUCUCCCAUGGCUCAGACUCCUCCUUGCCACCUUCCAAAUAUCCCAGGAGUUACCAGCCCUGGUACAAUGACUGAGGAUUCCAAAGUGGAAGUAAACAAUCUGAACAAUCAUGACGGGAAGCCUAUAAUUGGUGAUGAUGCUCAGUUUGAGAUGGACAUCUGAUCUUCCAUGAGGGGCAACCAUGGGGAGACAGCAACUCCUGAUCACCUGUGCACAUCUGAUUUGGCCAACAGGAUCAACAACUGAAGGAUGGAAGAAGAAGAAGCUGUUUUCCACUGGAAUCUUCACUUCAGCUUUUGAAGUGCCAAAGGAUAAGAGGACUAUUUACCCCACUCCUCUUGAUUCCCAUUAGCCAUGCAAUGCUUCUCCCCUCCUCCUUUGCUCCCCCCCCCACUGUUUGUUUUUAACCCUUUCAUAUCCCUGGUUUGUGACUGAAUGGAAACCCAUGAUAAAUUUAUAGAGCUAAGGAGUGUCCCUUGGCUUCUCGCACUUUAGAGACAACUUAUCAAAUCAUGCACACGCGAGAACUUGGCUUCCAUCAGCAUUUGGAUAAUUAUUGCAAACAACAACAACACCACAAAAAGGGGCCAUGGAAGGGGUGGAUAUAUGCUUGAAGGGACACAACACUGCCGUUGUUCUCCUCUCCCUUAACUGCUGUCAAUUUAAUCCCAUUUGGUAACCUGUUUCUGUGUAUCUUUCAUUUGUGUGUGCAGUGCACUCACUCGGAUUCUUCCGCUUCUCCUUACUAAUUAGUAUAUCUCGGCACUUGGUGGGGUUCUGUCUUGUACAAGGGCUUUGCUAUGACGCCUUUCCAAAUUAUAAGUUCCCAUCCUGUUCCGAAGAACAGGUGAGAAACCUAGAAAGAGCCACCACUCAAAUCAUGCAUAUUUCCUCCUAGUGCCUGCUAGAAACUCCCCAUUUCAAAAAAACAAAACAAAAAAACCCUUCUCUCUUCAGCUUCCUAAUUUGAACCCAUCAGUGUUAAAGGAGAACCACAUUUCGUUCUGACUUAAUACCAUACUUGAUGGUCCUCUGGACUGUUUGUCUUCAAGUCUACUCUUCCCAUUUUUGCUGCUGUUAACAUCUGCCGGAUUCUUUCCAAGUCUACUAUUGUGCCAAAAGGAUUCAUUGAAACACCCUGGCUGUGCUUGACUAGAAUAGGCUUCGCAAGAGUCUAGUGCUCUUGCAUAAGCUUGGGACACCCUAAGAUUUACCUACUGGGCUGUUGAAAUAUGCCAUUCUGAUUUCAUGAUGUGUGACUUGGGGUGGCGGGCAAUCAAAAAGUUAGUGAGCCUAUUGGAGCAAGACCACCCAGCUGUCAUCCUGUUCACCCAUCUUCUUGCACAUUUCCUGAAUUCACACAUUACUAAAUCAGCUGGGUGAGCAAGGUACCCUUUAGUUGCUGAUAGCCUCACUUAAUUCGAUUCUUAUGGGUGAACUGCUUGCCUGGGCUUGAAAGGGAGAGAGCCCACUCACCAUGGGAGUUAUAAGGCAGUCAGGCUACCGUGUGAGAGUGGAUGAGUUCAUGCCUUGGUUGCGGUGCUAGCUGAUAACUUGAACUGUGUAAAAAUGCAUCUCCCUAAGGCUGCAAUAUUUUGUCACGUUUAAUUGGCUAGAUCGAUCCAUUAAAACCCAUUUUCUCAAGUAAAACAAACCUUUUUUAAUCUGACUAUUUUUAGCGUGAGUACCUAGCAGAACCUACAUGCAGGCAGCCGAAGAGACAUAACAGGAAGUAAUGUUUUGAAUAUGAUGCUGCUUAUGACACAUGGGGUGCAUCAUAUGCCAGGUAUGUUAAGUUUCCCUCCCUGCAAACAAUUUUUAUUAAUAUGCACAGUGGGUAGGUUGAUUUGCAUCACAUUCCUGUGCAUGUUUAUUUGGAAGUAAGUCGGGCUCGGAACACACAAAAAGCGUGUUCAGGAAGACAGCUGCUAAGGUUCCUUUGCUUAGAUGUCAGCCUUCUCCCAGGCACCAAGCGGUUGAUGAUUGCAGCGGUUCAUAUGGUAUCAGCAGUGCUUUUUUUCUGGGCAUGGGGGACGCAGGGGAACGUAUACCCCUCAACAUUUUGUGAAUCUAAGUUUGGCCUCAUUGAGGGGCAGUAUUUCAAUAUGAGUAGGAAAAUGAGAGUACCCCUCAACAUUGUUUUAAAGAAAAAAAGCACUGGGUAUCAGUAUGCCAUGGCGGCCUCUUUUUCCUGGGGCAGGAUCUCAUCCUGCUCUGGUAGUGUUUGCAAAUGGGAUGACUGGAUCGUACGGUCCACAGUGGAUGUCACAGUGUGGUGUGGCAAUUUCCCCCAAAGGAUUUCAUUCGGUUGCAGCUUGGUAGUUGUAGCACGGUACCCCAGCCUCAAGGAAAGUAGCAGCCUCACGCUAUACUUGUGACUUCUGAAUUGGUCCUGGGAGUUAAGCUGAACACAAAUGAAUGGGCAUUGGUGACAGAGAAAACUUCCAACACAUGAACUCAUCCCUUGGAAUAGAAUUCUGCCCCUAACAUCUCUUCUAUAAAUUGGCAAAGAUCUUUUCUCUUCUUGUGAUUUAAAAGGGAGGGUCUAGUAACUUUUUUCUUCUUGCCUGCACUAAAAUGUGAAUAUAGGAGCAAAAUUGCUUUCUAACUGUUGAUCUCUCAGGAAUAGGCUCUGCUUGCAAUGUUUCUGGAGGACGCAACACUGCCCCUUAAAAGUGGUUGUGGUGCAAAAAUGAACUAAGCUGUGAUAAGCAGAGGGGAUGCUCUUUAGCCGCGUUGCAAAACUUCCUGAUUUUGCUUUGUUUUUGGUCAGGGUAGUUCUGAAGUGCACUAUAAGUCCAGCCCAGAGUCAGGGCACAGUUGAAUUUCCAUCCUUCCUCUUGCAUAAUUGCCAGCAGUUGUUUCUGGAACCUCGUCGGCUUUUCUGUUGAUGAGGCAGAACAGAGACCGUUUGCUCUGCAGUGCUGACAGUAGUGGAACUCGGAUUUGUCUAUGACCUAAGCCAAUUUAGGCUGCAGUCGUAACCCCAUUUACCUGGGAGUGAGCCCUGUUGAAUUCAGUAGGACUUAACUUCAGGGUUGACAUUGUUAGGAAUGUGCUGUUAAUUGGUGAGAUGGAGGAGAAGGGCUGUACUUCAGGUGUUGCUGACAGCCACUUUUCUAAUAGUAUUUUUCAGAAACUCUCUUGGACUAAAGGAAUGGCUUCAAACUUGCACACUCCCAAAUCUCCAAGGGGUUACAUACUAUGAAAGACAUUUGGUAGUACCAUUCCUUCCACCUCAUAACAGAAAGUAUAUCCCUUAGCAUGAAAUGCAUCAGGACUUUCUAUGUGUCACAAUCAGUUUAGUUGCUGCUGCUGCUGUUGCCUCCGUAAUCUUUUGGACAAAGAUAAGGAAAGAAAGACUAUUUGAAUAGUUCAGUGUAGGUGAUCAUAUUUCUCUUUCUUGUUCUGCAGCAAGUUUCCAGCAUUUCUCCAGGCAAGUCUCUUUGUGCCUCAAUUCCCCACUUGCUAAGAUGGGGACAAUAGACUCCUACCUCACAGGGUUGUUGUGAGGAUAAAUUGGUAGACAUUUGUAAGGCACUCCCCCCAAAAACCAACCCCUGGCAUGAGUGCCAUGAAGAAACCAAUAAAUCUUACAUUUAUUUUAAUACCCAGCCAGGUGGUUCAGUCGUGGCCAUGAAAGAAGAAAGGCUGCUAGCAUCUCCUGGAUUAUUUCCCUAUGGCGAACAACUUAGUUUUUAAGAGAGCAUCAUUUUGAUGGAACAAAGGUUGAAGGGCCAGCAACAGUUGCUCUGAGAGUUGAAUGGGCUAAGGGCUCCUUGGUGCCUUUCCUCUGCAGAUGCUAUACCAGAGGUUUAUCCCCCCUGUGCAUUUCAGUUGCCCAGUCCGUUUUUGCCUGUGGCUUGGCCUGCCCAGGGGAGUGAGUAGCCAAGCUGCCCAAGGAGAGAACUCUUUCUGGGGAGAUGGCACAAAGCCCUUUGCCUGUGACUCUGCUCCAUGCUGAAGAAAAGGGCUGAGAUAACACAGCAUAAGGAUUGGGGGAGCUAUAUGAAAGGGCCCUGGGCUGCCAGCUGCGCCCAUCACUUCUCUAGCAUACAGCAGUGCUGAGCCGAGCCAACUGAACACUAAGCCUACACAGCAGCCUUUAUAGUUCUGGCUGUCUAGUUUGAAGGAGGGGGGAGAGUCCUUUAAAUGCCCGUGCAAUUGCAGUUCUCUGUGCAGUCUUCUUGCUGCAUCCUGUGCUUCCAAGUGGUGCUCCGGUUUAUGCAAGAGAUCAAACCGAUUCCCCAUCAGGUUAUAAGUUGUGUUGACUGAACAAUCACAAAUACAUAUUCAGUGGCUUGCCAUUUUAAGACGACAGAACACACAGGCACUCCGAACAUGCCCUUUCCCAUUACUUUUAAUCCUGAUUCCAAGAUACUAAGAUGGAAAGUUGCACUUUUUUAAAAACAGCAACAACAGUGCAGUUUUCUGCAACUGCACUGAGGAACGGUGUUUAACCCUCGGCAGUCACUUAAAAUUAUGUUUGCUGCUGGCUUUUAUGCUGUAAUGAUGUUACUUGAAAGAUUUCUACUUGAUGGCUGAGUGAGUAAAAAGUUAACAAAAAAGAACCCGACAGCAAGUUCGUAUUUUUACCCCCACAAACUCAAAACUGCAAUUUCUUAUAUUGUGUCUUCCUCACAAUGUCACCACCAAAGCUAUACGGUGGGUGUUUGGAUUUCAUUUUAUCUUGCUUUUUAAAAGCAUUUUUGGCUGGCUGAGACUCCCAAGUGCUGUUGCGACAACUCUGAUCUAUACCAGUCAUUUUAGAUUACCAGGGCUGCAAUAUUUAGUCUAUCAAUCUUUAGAUUAACAGGGCUGCAAUAUUUAGUCUAUCAAACAUUUUGGUCAGCAGAAAAAAGGAACAGUAGAUUGAAAAAAUAAACUUUAAUACAAGUACUUAUACAAAUCGCAGUGAAAACACCCAUUUUAGAGGCCCUCCCCCAUUUGUGAGAGAAAAUGGGUAAUAUAUCUUUUAAGGCAAUGUUACCCUUUAUUUGGCAUGGUGGUGUUUUUUUUUAAGCUAUUGUAUGUGCAAAUACAUGCAGUUUUAAUUAGUUACCUGACUAAAACUUAACCAUCAGCUAAGAUUUAUUUAAUCACUUGACAGCCUUAUUGAUCAGUCUAUAUUAGCUUGUCUUUAUGCACACUAGUAUGUGAUGAGUCAGGGAUGGCCAAUGUCUGUAUUCUGUGGCUGUUCUGGAGGCCAGAAAUGUGUUUUGCCUGGAUGGCCAGACAGAUUCCAUAAUAAAUGGUGCAAUCUUGCAGUAAAGGGACAUCACAGUUGUGUUUGAGCCAAAGAGAGUUGUAGCAUGAACCGUAUCUCUUGCUUACCCCACUUGCAAACACCCCCCCCUUUAGUGCUGAAAUUGUAGGAUACUUUUUACUAUGCCUUUGAUUAAAGUACAUUAGGGCCACUAGCUAAUACAGUAUUGGAAGUUUGGGAAUUAUGAGGCUACCCUGGAAGAAGGAAUAUAGCUGCCCUUAUCACCUAGUGUAGUAAGGAAGCAAAUUGUGGCGUCAAACAUUGCGGCGUUAUGAAGGCACAUCUGAUGUGGGGCAGGGGAAACCACCACUGAAAAGGAAACCCCAAUGACAUGGCACAGUGGUAUAUGAUUUGGGGGGCAUGUUGCCAGAAAUACCUAGAUAACAUGCAUUUUGGGUGUGCCUUUAUUCUGAGAUAACCAAGAGCAUGUACAAAACGCCAUGCAAAAAAAAGAUAUGGUAAAUGUAGUGCAUACAUUGGCUGAAACCUGUGGUUGGAGUAGGCAGUUUUCUGCUUCAAGUUGGCUUCUAAACUUCCAGCUUUCUGACAUAACUGCCGCUGAAAGGAAAAUGUGCCAGGAGGCCUGAGCCUCUACUAUGCCUUAUGUUUCCAAUACCCUUCCUUACCUAUACAAGAAUAUUCAAGCUCCAACACCUGACUAUCCUUGUUUCUACAUUAAAUCUUGCAUCGUGAGUUUCUUGUUGCAAUAACAAGUCAGAUCCCAGGUUUUCAAAGAGCACUUUUGUCGGCCCUUAGCUAAAAUUGGACAUUUGGGCUUGCUAUACCUGUAAGAACCCUUACAGCCCUCAAGAAUUGUCGCUUUGGUAAGCCUUUCGUUCUUACACCUUUGUAUUUGGGAACCACCAGCUGGCUCUCGCAACCAAGGGUGAGUCUUGAGUGGAGUAGAAAGAUUGGGAACCGAGUCAGUAUUUCAUUUUAAAGGGGGGUGAUUGUGAUGGUCUGGAAUCAGGAGUCUUAUCAGGAAUAUGUAGUUACACUUUUGCUUAAUUUCCCCCAUGAUAGGUAUCCUGAUAGGUAGCUCACCAGCUCAUACAGAUCACCAGUUUUUGUGACAUAGACUAGAAUUGAAGAUACUCAAGUACUUACCAUUGUUAACUUCUACUGUGACUUACUUCUGUUGUAUUAGUAACACCUUUAGCGUACUGAACUAAGAGCAACAUAAUGGAUGCUUAAAUGUGGCCUUGGAAUCUGUUCUGUGUUACGCUGGAGUACCACGUUUAUUGACUUUGAACAGAAACCACAUUUGGAAAAGUUGGCCAAAUCAGUGGUGGAGUUCUUCGUACUGUCACCAAAGAUCACUAGCACAGUGUUGUAUCAAGUUGUACAAGUAUUUCCACCAAUGAAAAAAUGUUUCCAGACCCCAAUUAAAAAUCACAGUCACUAUUACUUUAAGUGUCACAUUCUAUGGUAUUUGGUUGUGUACAUAGGAUGUAAGUUGCCAGUGGGAUUUACCAUUGUAAAUCAACUAAGGCAUUGGAAGGGAUGCUAGCUUCCUUAAGAGACCCAGGGAAGGUUUGAGAUUUCACAUCAGUAGGCCAUUUCUUGUCCGGGAUCCCUUCAAGCAACCAGCACCAAUUUCACACCGGGGAGUGACAUUCUAAUGUCAGCCUUGGGUUCCUGCUGUCCGCUGCCAUUGUAGCUCUGGUACUUCUCUUUGCAAUUUCUGGUGCCUCUCAACCAUUGAUGAUACUGUCCUUGAAAUUUCAAUAGAUUGUUUUAUUUCCACUAGUAUAGUUAGCCAUUGAUUAUAUUCAGUAUUUCACUUUGGGUCUCAGGACUGUGCUAAAUCAUUCUUGAGUAGUUUUCUAGUUGGGAUAUUUUGGCGUCAAAGAUGAAGAGAUGUUUCACUCCUUUUUUUUUUCAUUUGUGCUAAUUUUAUUUCUCUCUAAAUGUACUUGGCUGAUUGAUGUAGCAAUGAGUUUUAACUCAGUUUUUCUUUCUCUCUUGGGCUGGGAGAAUAGUCCCUUCUGCAUUUCCGUAAUUGUUCAUAAUGGUAAAAGAGUUCAUAUAGGAAACCUUGAUAGGCAUUUUGAGAAGUAAACUUCGUUUAUGCCCCUGCGACGUUCUGUGAACUGAACUUGAUUGCAACAGUUCAUAAAAUGGAUUUACAGAAAUUAGCUGCUCCUUAUGCACAUUCUGUGUGGCAAUGAUCUGCUUGCCUUUUUCUUUUCUUUUUGUCUCCUUCAUCCUGACGUUAUGCUGCACAGAAAGCUUGAGAGGUUGAAAGAUUGGCUUUUGAUAGUCAUCAGCAAAAUUGGGCAACUGUGGAAAAUUAUAAAUCUAUUGUGUGGAGAAAGGGUGAGUGCAAAAAAUAAAUAUGUAUAUGUAUGUGGGUGGAUGCUUAUACACACACACAAAUAUAUAUAAAUAUAUAUAUAUAGAUAUAUAUAUGAAUUUUUAGAGAAAUAAUGAACUGUGUUGAUGCUUUUAAUGCAGGGAGAAAUUUUACUUAGGGCUGAUCAUAGGGAAUCUCUGGUUUAGCAGAGCAUACAUUUCACAAAACCAGCUUUACAACAUCCAAGGAUAAUUUAUCUUGAUCCCAAAAUGCAAAUGCAGCAGGAACCAGGUAUAAAAAUAUGUGUGCGAGUCAAAUAAGAUGUGAAAGAUUUCAUCAGCAUCUUGGUCUGUGUUUACAUCAAGAACACAACAGGACUUCCCUUCCUCCUCUUGCAAUCUCCCUCUCUCAUGUCAAUCUGCAUCUCUGCAGGAUGGUAAUCCAGUGUGCCUUUCUUCACCUUAAGACAGGAGAAGAAUUAUUAACAUUUGUGGGGCAGCUUGUUUUCUGGGUUUUUGUGGCCUCCUCGGGAAAAGUGUGGAGGCUGCUGCCAAUAAAAUUACUGAAUGUCUCUGACACAUUUUUUUUUAAAAAUUGGUUAUACCUGUCUCCUUCCUAUUUACUGAACACGUCCUUCCUCACCCUCCAUAUUCUGUCUUUGUCUAAAUGUAAUCCUGGUUUAAAAGAAAACAGAAGUCAUCUGAACAAUCCUUCGGCUACUUCUGUACAAAUCUGGUUUUUACUGAAACAGGUGUUUAGGGAAAACACUCUCACCAAUGGUUGCUGUUACCAUGAGAUCAAUAAAGAUCUUGAUUAUAUCAA